AUGAACAUUAGAUCUGUUUCUCAUCAGCAUUUUUUUCUUUAUCUCAUAUGUAUAUCAAUCGUAGCAGCAUUUGACACAUACAAUUCUAUUGUACGAUUAAAACCAGGAAAAACAAAACAAAAUAACAAAAAAUCCAAACAAACGAAAGAUGAAGGAACGUUAACAUUAAUUUAUUUAGCAAAAUUUGUACCUAAUAUUUUGGCUAUAUUGAUAUAUUAUUUCUUUAAAGAUACUCAUCAUUCAUCCUUCUUAUCAUCAAAUAUAUCAGCUACAUUGGGUAUAUUUACAUUCAUAGCAGGUUUAUUAAUACGACAAAUUGCUAUAAUACAAUUAGGCAAAUUUUAUACAUAUAAAGUCAGUAUUGAUGAUGAUCAUGAAAUGAUUGAUACAGGACUUUAUAAAUAUAUGCGUCAUCCAGCAUAUACUGGUACAUUUCUUGAAUUAACUGGUGCUGCUCUUCUUUAUAAUCAUUUUGUUUUAUCAUGGUUCCUUUCAUUACCUUAUCUUAUUGUUGUAUUAAAACGUAUUAAACAAGAAGAAAAGGUUUUAAUCGAAAGAUUUGGACCAAAAUAUCAAGAUUAUAUGAAACAUGCUGGCAUGUUUCUACCACAACUUUCACAAUGA